AUGUCCGCGUGGGAGCAAUUUGAGCAGCAGAGAUGGAUUGACGGAGCCACGGCUGUGUAUGGCCUCAUCUCUCUUGCCGCCCUCGCUGUUAUCUAUCAGCUUGUCAACUCUUACUAUUCCCCGAUCAGCCACUUUCCGGGUCCGACUUGGGCAAAACUGUCGUCGUAUUGGCUGGCAUACCAGUGCCGGCGUACCCGACGCUCUGAAGUAGUAAUGGAACUACACAAGAAAUAUGGCGACUUUGUCCGGAUCGGUCCUAAUCAUGUGUCUAUCAAUAACCCUGGAGCAAUACCACAAAUCUAUGGUCACAAAACCGGGUUUACCAAGGGUCCGUUCUACGAUGCAUUCGUACAGGUAACGCCAGUCGUAUUCAACGUCAGGAGCGUGGAAGAACAUGUACGAAAGCGGAAGUAUAUCAAUGCUUCUUUCUCUUCUAGAGCUUUGCUGGAUUUUGAACCUUAUAUGGACAAAGAGAUUCUGGGUUGGAAGCGCAAAUUAUUUGGGAUGUUGCAAGAGAACAAAGCUAAGCUUGAUUUUGUCGUCUGGACUAAUUUCCUCGCUUUCGAUGUCGUUGCCAGCUUCGCUUUCGGAUCGCCUUUUGGCUUCGUGGAAACUGGCGAAGACCCUGAUGGCCUUAUCCAGAUCAUCGACGCCCGAGGCGAGUUCAUGAACGCGAUCGGAUCACUCUCUUCGAUUCUCAGACCGCUGAUGAGAUACCAUCCAUUCGACUCGUUCUGGAGACAAGGUUACAAGGCUCGCGCCGGCCUCGAGUCCAUUGGGCGAGAGGCAUAUCAGAGGCGGAAAUCCUCGACCAGGAAUCGCAAGGACUUGAUGAGUUACCUACUCGCCGCAACGGAUCCUAGUACUAAGAAAUCUAUUGACGAAGACGAAAUUAUAGCUGAAUCAAUUAGUUUCAUUGUGGGGGGAAGCGACACCACAAGCAGCACUAUGACAAAUUUCAUUGACUUUGUUUCUCGAGACACCAAGUUGCAACUUCUCUUACAGCAGGAACUUGACGCUUUCUUUCCUGGAGAGCCUGCAGAAGACUGGGUUCCCAGCGAAAGGGAGACAAGCAGACUACCACUGAUGGUCGCUACGUUGAGGGAGGUUAUGCGUUUUAGGCCAACAAGUGCGACGGGUCUAGAGCGAGUCACUCCCACGGGGGGUAAAAAUGUGGUUGGACAGUUCAUCCCCAGCAAGGUGAGGCCAAUACACUGGCACAAAUUGAAGACACGACCAGCCGUUUGCUAA